GCAGAUUAGAAGUUUGCCUUGGAGGUUGGAGCAGUAGCCUCAGUAGCAAGCGACUCUCUCCUUCUUCGGAUAGACACUGGGCCCUUCCUCAAAACAUUCAGGAAAGCUCUUGAGUGAGUGCUGGUAUCUGCAGGCAUCGGCUUUUGGGGGAAGGAGGAGAUUCCCCUGCUCUCUGGAGGCGGAAACUGUUCGAGUCAUGUUUUCUUUGGAUCACAGAAGAAUUGCUCGGAGGGAACAUUCACUCCUUCCUCUCUACUUCUCCUGAAAUGACAAGCUUGCUCAUUGCUCUGAAAUAGCUAACCCACCCCGGUGCAGUCACGCAGCUGAUCACUAGCACUCGGGGAGAGGGGCUUGCGUGAAACCUGGCGAGGAGUUCUGUGUCUGCAAUGAAGUGGCCUCUCCUGUGCAACAUGUUCAGCGUUGGCAGGUACAGCAUCCCGAGACCUGUCACCAGGAAUCUGGAGGAUCUGGACUCAGUGCAAAGUAUCCUACUGCACAGCGACCUUGAGCCUGAAUGGUUGGACAGUGUGCAGAAAAAUGGGGAAUUAUUUUAUCUAGAACUGAGUGAAGCUGAAGAAGAAACUCUUCUUCAAGACAGUUCUUCGGAGGUGCCUGCAGUGAAUCAUGUCAGGUUCCGUGACAAUGAAGCUGAGGUAAUUCAAGAGGGACCACGAAAAGAAAGAAAGUAUGAACCCAGACUGAAAAAAAUCACCAAAAUUUUAAAAAAGAAAAGCCUUUUACCAAAGCAUUCUGGUAAGAAAGGAACUGGUGGUAGUUGUGGGCAACCUUCUGGCCCAACCUCCAUACUGAAACACCAAUCCACUCAGAAGGUGGGAGUCAUAGUCCAGCAACGGUACAAAGAUGUAUGUGUUUAUAUAAAUCCAAAAAGACUACCCAACAAUGGAGCAAGGGAAAAACUCAAGCUUCUGGAGGCAUUGGUAGGGAUUGUUCAUCAGUCUUCAUGGAGCAGCAGAAGAGCUGAAAAGCAAGAACAAGACAGAAGCAACAAAGGGAUCAAUGAAGAGAAGCUUGUAGUUCAUGGCUUGGUCCCAGGCAGCUCAGCCAUAAAAACAGGUCAAAUCUUGAUUGGAGAUGCCCUUGUUGCUGUAAAUGAUGUUGAUGUGAAUGCUGAGAAUAUAGAAAGGGUUUUGUCUUGCAUUCCAGGCCCUAUGCAGGUGAAACUUACAUUUGAAACUUCAGUCUUUGAGCAUGAAGGAACAUCUCAACAAAGGUAUAAACAGGCACAGUCCGCUAUGAACAAUCUCGUCAAACUUCUAUGGGGAGAAGAUAAUAUGGACCUUCAGCUGGCUAUCCAAGGCAUGCCUCAUAUUGUUAUGUACCUCACGCUUAAAUUGGACUCUGAAACAUCUAAGGAUGAGCAAGAAAUUCUUUACCAAUACCCCAUAUCAGAAGCAUCCCAAAAGCUGAAAAGUGUGAGAGGAAUAUUUCUCACUCUCUGUGAUAUGCUGGAAAAUGUGACUGGAGCCCACAUUAUCAGCUCAUCCCUUUUUUUAUGUGGGAAACUGGUUCAGGUGGUUUACUGGAAAGAAUCUGACAAGUUGCUUGUGAUUGGCCUUCCUGCGGAAAGUGUGCCUCUUUCUCAGCUAAGGAACAUGAUUACAGAUGUUGUCAGAACCUUAAAAUUUAUGUAUGGUUCUUUGGACAGUGCUUUUUGCCAGGUGGAAAACGUUUCCCGCUUGGAUCAUUUUUUCAACCUGUUCUUCCAGCGAGCAAUUCAGCCUGCCAGACUCAACUCGAACACCAGCCCCAGUGCUCAGCACUAUGAUAGCUGCAGUGCAUUGUUUUUAGACAAUCUCCCAGGGGUACGCUGGCUAACGCUGCCACAAGAAAUCAAGAUGGAAAUUAACACAGCACUGAGUGAUUUGGAAGCAGCUGAUUUUGCAGAGCUGUCUGAAGAUUACUAUGACAUGAGACGGUUGUAUAUGAUUCUGGGCUCUUGUCUCUUCUAUAAGGGCUAUUUGAUUGGCAAUCACUUACCAAAGGAGGAUCUUAUUGAUAUAGCUUUAUAUAGUCGACACUAUUGCCUGUUACCCUUGGCAGCAGAACAGAGGAUUGGUCAGUUAGUGAUAUGGCGAGAAGUAUUUCCACAUCAUCACCUCCAAUCAAGUGAAGCUUCAGGUGUUACAGGAUACAGGGAGCCUAAAGCAAGAUACUUUUUACUAAUAGUUGGUUUGAGACACUUUAUGCUGUGUGUUUUGCUGGAGACAGGGGGCUGCACCUCCAAAGCCAUUGGGAAUCCGGGACCAGAUUGUAUAUACGUUGAUCAGGUCAAAGCAACUAUACUUCAGUUGGAAGGAAUAGAUUCCAGCAUAGAGGAAAGAUUAGAAUCUCCUGCCAUUCCAUGUCUGUCUUGUGCUGACUGGUUCCUUCCUGCAUCACGUGACAAACUGGAAAGCUUUACAACCCCACCCAUCCUCAGUAAACUGCAAAAUACUUCCAAAAUCGCAACCUCUCCAACAAGCAAGAGAACACUCUUCACUGACUCCUCCUUAAGGACACGUAAGCCCAGUCCCUCAAGGAGCAGUGGAGGAUCUGACAAUGGCAGUGAAGGUCCUGAAGAAGGUGGAGGCCUUAACCUACUUGCUACAGUAGAUCAGGUCCGAAAGCACGAACUAAAAGAAUCCCAAGGUUUUGGCGGGUCUGAGGGAAGUGGUAGCUUGUUCAAGGUCACUAAAAAGAAACAUACCCUUCCAAAUCCUUUUCAUUUAGGAAACCUGAAAAAGAAUCUUUCAGAGAAAGAUACAGAACUCUAUAAUGCUGUCAAGUUGACAUCUGGUCCUGAGAACACCCUCUUCCACUAUAUUUCUUUAGAAACAAUGCAAGGAAUCUUUAUUACUCCUACGCACAAAGAAGUACAACAGCUCAGUGGAUCCAUCCACCCUCAGCUAAUCAAGAAUUUUCAUCGUUGCUGUCUUUCAAUUCGCUCCAUUUUCCAGCAGGCUGUGAUGAAAGAAAAAGUGUAUAGCAUGUGCAGUGACGGUUUAAGCUCCCCUCUCCCCCCCGCCCUGCCACUGCGUUUCAACCCUGAUCUGAAGAGACUAUCUCUGAAGAAAAAGAAAAAUGCAGACAGUGGGAGCAAUUCAGAGUCCAGAAAAGCAAGUUCUGACCUCAGUCUAGUGAGAGAACAUGGGGUUUUGUUUGAGUGUUCCCCUGAUAACUGGACUGACCAGAAGAAACCACCACCAACUAUGACUUACUGGGUUGUAGGGAGACUCUUCCUACAUCCAAAACCUCAGGAGUUUUAUGUCUGUUUUCAUGAUUCAGUCACAGAAGUUGCUGUUGAACUGGCUUUUAAACUGUCCUUUGGCUUAGCUACAUAGAUGUGCUUCCUGACUAAACAGCAGUCUUGAACAGUGCUGGAAUCCAUCUAAAGCACUUAAAUAUAACCAGAAAUGGAGUAAAUUGUGAUGCCCUUCUGUGUGUUCUUUUGAAGUGCUUUAAAAAGAUAAAUCUGCCUUGUGAACUAGCUCUGUUAAACACUGAAGUAACACGUUAUUGCUGAUUUACUACAUCAUCAGCUACCUACGGGAGAUGAUGUUUUUGGGAGAAGCAAAAAUAUUAAUUUUAGAUACAGUCAAAUGGAUCAUGAUGAAUAAAAAGAUGGAAUUACUUAUCCUGAGUGUAGCUUUACUACAUAAAACAUUAGCAUAACAUGUACAUUCCAGUAAUGUCCAAUGUCUAAUAUCAAGUGCAAAAUAUUACACUUGAUAUACUGUCUAGAUAUUUGGCAGUCAGCAGUGGAAAAAACAUAACUUUCCCUGGUAAUUAAGCACAUGAAGCUCUGAAGGCAUGAACAAUUUUUACAAUGGUUUUAGUACUCCUCUGUUAAUCAAAAUGAAAGGAAAACCAAAAGCAUCUGGAUUAGGGGCUACAAAACACACAAAAUUAGCAUGUUAUUUUUUUUAUCCAUUGUGAUCUUUCAUACAGCCAAGGGCUAUAAUAAUAUUGAUAUUUUAAUAGAUUUCAUGAAUAGCAUUGUAAAUAACGAAGUACUACAUUUGUUAUAGAGUAAUUUUGAUUGUUAUGAAAGUAUAACCGGUACGAAAAUAUGUGAAAAAAGGCUUUAACUGGUGGUUUUGUUUCUGAAAGCUAGGCACGAACAUAAAUAUUUUUAUAUGAUGUUGAUGCUGUUAUAAUAAAGAAUUUUGUAUAUUUGUAGGGGGAAAACUGUGUGCCUUCUAUAUUUUUUGUACACACUCAUCCAUUUUCUGGUUUGUCACAUUAGGCAAUAUUAGUUUGGUUAGCCUUGUUUUGGUUUACAGUAGGAUAUUUUUCUUCAUAUACCUAUUGACUAUCCUAUAAAAAACAUUCAUAUGAGGCAAAUGGAAACAAAACUCUUGCAAAACCAAGGUGUCUUCUACAAAGUCCAUCUUUCCUACAAACCAUUGGAAGUUUUGUAAUCCACAGGCCUGCUAUUUUCAACAGCUUUCUUAAAAGCUGGUUUUAUUUAGAAUGUAUGUUUUUAGUCCCCGUUUCUCUUUCUCUCUCCCACCCCCCCAACCCUAACACUUGGUGCUGGCUUCUCGGGGACCAUCUCAUCACAUUCCAUGUCAACAGUUGAACUGUUCUUUCUGGUUCUGUCAUCGCUGGUUGCUUUUCUUGGUUUGCCCAGCAAGAGAAUGCAAGCUAUUCAAGUGCAUGAUUAAACUUAAAGUUGCAUUUUAAGCCGUAUGGUUGGAUAACUCAAGCUGAAGAAUGUUGAAGAAAUCAAAGGUAAUUGCAGUCAGCUGUCAUUUUCAAAUAUAUUUCUUGGGUCUUGUCUGCGUGUAAAAAUUGUACCAGUUUAACUAAAUCGAUUCAUAUUAGGCAAGCACUUAUAUGCUGAAAUAAAAGAAGGGAUACAGGUACAAACAGAAGCAUGUCUUUGCUAGAUUCAAGUGAUACUUGUGAAAGUGGCCAUCUUGAAAAUGUUGGUCUUAAUCUCUCUGCAUCUGUGUUCCCCAUCUGCAGAAUGAGGAUCGCCACAGAGAUGUGAUUUGAGGUUUACUUUAUUGUUUGUAAAGUACAUGUACUAUUACUGAUGUGUGUACAGCAUUUUGGAAAGGCAAAAUGCUUCAAAACUACUUUAAAACUACUUAGUGUUAAACUGUAUGAGGGAUUGUUUUGCAGAUGGAAGAAGGAGCUUAGAAAAAAGGAAAACAAUCUUUACUACACUGCUUCCAGUUGAAGAAGCCCCGUUGAUGACAAUCCAUCAAAUUUUUAAAGGUAUUUAGGUACCUAACUCCCAAACCAAUGGGAGAUAGGCACCUAAAUACAUUUAAAAAUCUGGCCGCAUUUGUUGUACUGAAUAAAUUUAAACAUACUCUGUACGGAAACAGAGGGAAAAUUCAAGUAUUAGCUCUGUAAGACAAAUAGUUCCAUAAUUAUUUGCUGGUGUACAAGACUGUGCCUGAGCUAAAUAAAAGUUUAAA